AUGUCUUUCACCGUCAAUACCUUCCUCAGUCUAGCCCUGGCAAGCAUCGCCACCGCACUUCCCGACUACUCUCACAUCGACCGCGACCAGCUCAUACUCCUCGACGUCAAACACGACGUCACGUCCGACCCGACCUCCGCCCUCGCCAGCUGGGAUGAAAAGGCCUACCUCUGCACUUUCGACCACACAACCUGCACGUACGACACGGCCAACGAGCGCCCUCUUCUCAUCGGCCUCGACCUUUCCCACCUCCACCUCUCCGGACCAUCCAGCCACCCUCUGGGAAUUAACUUCCUGCCCUACCUUGAAGACUUGACCUCCUUCACCGCCAGCGAGAACACCUUCACCGGAGAGCUGGCGGACAUCCCUCUCCCGUCGAAAUUGUCUACCAUCGACAUCUCCUUCAACCAACUCACCGGCUCCAUCCCGGAUCCAGCAGUGUGGGAACUCGACUCCCUUCAAAGUCUCGACUUGGGGUAUAAUCGCCUUUCCGGCAAUCUGCCCAGCACCAUCUUUGCGCAGAAGGAUCUGCACCUUCUGUUCGUGCCGAAUAACAAGCUCGGCGGCGCGAUUCCAGAGUUUGCGCAUACGGCGCUGAGGGUUGUCUCGCUGGCAUCGUGUUCGUUCACGGGUGCAAUCCCGAAGAGUAUUGGCAAGGCGAAGAACUUGGAGGAGGUGUACUUUGAUGGCAAUGCUGGGCUGAACGGAAAGGUCCCGGAGGAGCUGUGCAGCUUGCCGAAGUUGAGGUCCGCGGAUCUGACAAAGACGGGUGUGGAUAAGAGUAGAUUGGGACCGGCUUGUCAGAAGGCGCAGAAGGCGGGUGUGUUGAAGUUGUGA